AUGAAAAUAGUUGAAGUGGAAACUCUUGAAAAGUUAAGAAACAGCUUUCAAAAAAACACAAAUGUUAUCGAAAGUGCCAGAAUUGUACUCAUUUGCAUGGUAUUUAUUGGUUUUACCAUUUCUGGUAUUGUCGAACAUGGUAUAACGGUAGCUUUAUCUCCUUCUGAUCAUAUUUUCGACGUUCAAAAAACAAAAAUAUCCGUUGGAAAUGGUAGUAACGAAAGAAGAUAUUGUGAUCCACCAAAUUUAACAACGUUGGCAAUUUAUUAUGCUUAUGCAAAUGACGAAGGAGACGUUGAUGAUGAUUAUGAUUUUUCACAACUUGAAGACAUGUUUUUUAAGGCCAAUUUGACAUCGAAAGAAGAAAUGGAACUUCUUUUAAAAAAAUUUUAUUUAUGGGGAAAUUUUUUUUCUGCUAUACCGGCUAGUAGAUUAGCUGUUAACAUAGGUCCCAAAAAAGUUUUUGGCUACUCUUUAUUAGGAGCAGCUGCUUCAACCCUUCUGGUACCUGCUGCAUGGCUAUCAGUUGCACAUGGAGCUUUGAUUCCCUCAGCUCAUUCAUUGGCAGUCAAUUGGUUUCCGAGUCAUCGCCGAAGUAGUUUUGUGUCUCUUUACUCUGGAAAAUACUUGGGUUAUGCAUUAUGCGAGUUGUUUACAGUCAAGGUGGUUUAUAAUUGGGGUGCAGGUUCAAUAUAUUUUAUUACUAGCAUCCUAACAAUUAUGUGGUUUGUACCUUGGUCUAUGACAGUUUUCAACACUCCAGACAAACAUCUACAAUAUUCCAGAUGUGAAAAGUCUCCAACGACUUUAGUCUGCCGCAAACCCCUCGCUUCGGAUUUUCCUCUUAAACAUUUUCUUUGCUCGAGACCAGCUUGGAUGUCGAUAGCGGUUAUUUUCGGAGCUAUACCUUUUGUCCUUCACACGGUUUUUGCACUUAUUUGCGGAUAUCUCGUGGAUUACAUUCAAGAAACGCAUUUUGUAUCAAUCACCUCGUCAAGACGAAUGUUUGUAUAUAUUUCACACUUUAUACCCGCUGGUUUUCUCUUCGUAAUUGCGUACGUAGGUUGUGACGUAACUGCUCCAAAGUUUUUAUAUUCACUGGCAACAAUAGUUAGUGGGGCUAUUUAUUCUGGUGCAUUAUGCAGUGCAUUGGAUAUUGCUCCUAAUUAUGCAGGAACUAUUGUUGCAUUUGGUUGUACAUUUGGCUCGGCUGGAAGCAUACUUAUGUUUUAUUUAAUAAGCAGCGUUUUAAAUGGAAAGGUGGUGGGCUCGUGGAAAUUGACAUUUAGUUUAACAUCAUUCAUUUUAUUAUUUUCAUCAAUAUUUUUUAUGCUUAGAGGGAGCGGAUCAAUUCAAUUAUGGAAUAAUAUUAAAGCACUGGAUGCUGAAUCACAAUUACAGAAAAAAAGAAAUGAAAUCUCUCAACCUAGACAUUCAGUUAUAGCUCCUCUCCCUGCAAAACAAAGAACAAAAAGUAUAUACAUGGUGGAACAAAAAAUUUUAAAAGUAUUACAUGUACAGGAGCCAGAAAAAUUUACUAGGGCUAGAGCCUACAGCACCAGCUUACCUAACGAAAGAGAAAAAACCGAAAAGCCUAAUAUAUACAGGCCCAGUCAUAAUAAGAGAGCUUCAAUUUCUUAG